AAUGAUUUAAUUUUCACCUCUCCUCUGCCUUGCCCGGGGGAGCGCGGGAUGGGGGGGGUCCGGGAGUUGUCCCCUCUCUCCCACCCCGGGAGUCGCUGCCUGCAGUAGGUGCCCUCCUAACCCCCCUAGCCAUGGGGCAGGGUACCGUGGGGCAGGGUGCCAUGGGGUCGGCCGGGGUGCUGAGCCUGGCCGGGGUGCUGAGCCUGGCCGGGGUGCUGGCGGGGGACAGCGGGGUGCAGCCAGCCGGGAUCCCGCUGCCGCCGGACCUGGGACGCACGGUGCCCCCCGGGAAGGAUGCUCUGAGCCGGGGCCCGGAUUGCCGGGAGGUGCGGAAACAGAACAGCUCCGAGUGGUGCCGCUUCAUCCGGAGCAGCCCUGACUGCCACCUGGAGGGGGGCUUCCUCGACUACCUCAAUGGGGUCUUCUGUGUCUUCCCUCCCCGACUGCUGCCCCUGGCUGUCACACUCUAUGCGCUCUGGCUGCUGUACCUGUUCAUCAUCCUCGGCGUGACAGCGGAGAAGUUCUUCUGCCCCAACUUGUCGGCCAUCUCCACCAACCUGAAGCUGUCUCACAAUGUGGCAGUGUUCUCCUUGACGUGUCCUCUCCAUGGUGUCACCUUCCUGGCCUUUGGCAACGGAGCACCGGAUGUCUUCAGUGCCGUGGUGGCCUUCUCUGACCCCCGGACGGCAGGGCUGGCCAUUGGGGCCAUCUUUGGUGCCGGUGUGUUCGUGACCACAGUGGUGGCUGGGGGCAUCGCCCUGGUCAAACCCUUCACGGCUGCCUCCAGGCCCUUCCUCAGGGAUGUCAUCUUCUACAUGGUGGCUGUCUUCCUCACCUUCAUGGUCCUCUACUUUGGGAGGAUCACGCUGGGAGAGGCUCUGGGUUACCUGGGGCUGUAUGUCUUCUAUGUCUUCACCGUGGUGCUCUGCGCAUGGCUUCACCGGCGGCAGCGGCAGGAAGGGCUGGCCCCCCCUGGAUCCUGGGAGCCAGAGGCACCAACAGAUGCUGAAGAGCAGGAGUCCUCAGGCACAAACAGUGGGGACUAUGGUGAGGAGUACCGGCCCCUGCUCCCCUCCCAGGACACCUCGCUGCGCAUCCUCACCGCUGCCCUCAGCCCCUUGGACUACCGCAAGUGGAGGAGGAAGCCCUGGUACUGGCGGCUCUUCAAGGUCUUCAAGAUGCCUGUGGAGCUGGUGCUGCUGCUCACCGUUCCUGUUGUGGACCCUGACAAGGAAGACCUGAACUGGAAGAGACCCCUCAACUGCCUGCACAUCCUCACCAGUCCCCUGCUCUGCGUCCUCACCCUGAAGUCAGGCACCUAUGGGCUGUACCAGAUCCAGGGUGUCUUCCCAGUCUGGGGACUGGUCAUACUGAUUGGCUUUGUCCUGGCCUUCAUCACCUUCAUCACCACAAGCAACGAUGAGCCACCCAAGUACCACUGUGUGUUUGCCUUCCUUGGGUUUCUGGCCAGUGCCAUGUGGAUCAACGCUGCAGCCACGGAGCUGGUGAACAUCCUCCGGACCUUGGGCAUCAUCUUCCAGCUGAGCAACACCGUGCUGGGCUUGACACUGCUGGCCUGGGGCAACAGCGUUGGUGACACCUUCUCUGACCUCACCAUGGCACGGCAGGGCUAUCCCCGCAUGGCCUUCUCUGCCUGCUUCGGGGGCAUCAUCUUCAACAUCCUGGUCGGUGUGGGACUGGGCUGCCUGCUGCAGAUGACCAGCAGCCAGCCAGUGGUGAAGCUGGAGCCUGACAGCCUCCUGGUCUGGAUCCUCGCUGGGGCCCUGGGGCUGAGCUUGGUCUUCUCCUUCGUGUCUGUGCCAGCGCAGUGCUUCCAGCUGGGCAAGGCGUAUGGCAUCUGCCUCAUCCUCUACUACUUGGCCUUCCUCUGUGUGGCCCUGCUGACCGAGUUCAGGGUGAUCCAUCUCUCCAGCCCCUGACCAGCAGGACAUGCACAGGCAGCCCUGGCUCUCGCUCUGCCUCCCCACUGGAUCAGGGCCUCGCUGUUCCCUUUCCCUGUCCCUCCCACGGGAACGAGGGCACCUCGACCUCAACCCCACCACGUGCCAGCCCAGCCCUUGGCCUUCACUUUCUGGAGGGUAGGAGCCUGGCUGUGCUUUGGGAAGGGAAGAGGAGCUGUUAGUCCUUAGCUAUGUCCUGUCCCUGCUCUGUAUAACCUGGUUUAAAGGUGGAUCUGAGCUGGGGUGAGGUUAACACCUCUGCUUCCUCCAGUCCUGGGGGCAAGGCCGGAGGAGAAGGCAGCUCCAGCCUGUGGUCACAAAAGGAGAAGGUUUUUACCUCUUCAACCUCUUCCACUUUCCCAUCUCCAUCCUGGCUGCUCUGGGGCAGGGCUAGGGCAGCUGUGCUACAGGGGGUAGCUCUGUGAAGGGCUGAGCAUGAGCUUGGGGGUGCAAGGGACACGAUGCGUUCACACCACCCUUGCAGCAGAAGCAAAGUGAGAUGGGGUUAAGGUGAGAAAAAGCAAGCAAAGCUGGAGG